AUGGCGGAUUCUCCAAGCAACUCAAAGGAGAAGAGCACGCGCGUUUACCAUCCCUAUCAGGACCUCAACGUUCCAAUCCAAAAGCUCUACAACCUCCCCACCGCGCCGGAGCAUCUCUUUCCGGAAGAAGCCGCCAGGACCCACCGCUCCUGGGGCGACAACCUCCAGUACUACACCGGCACCGGCUACCUCUCCGGCGCAAUCAUCGGCGCCGCCAGAGGCACUGUCCAGGGCCUCCGCGAGGCCGAGUCCGGCGACUCCCUCAAAAUCCGACUCAACCGGGUCCUCAACUCGGGCGGCCACGCGGGUCGCAAACUCGGCAACUCGCUCGGCGUCUUGGGCCUCAUCUUCGCCGGGCUCGAGAGUGGGAUGAUCCACGCCAGGGGCACCGACGAUUUCCUCAACAGCGCCGUCGCCGGACUCGGCACCGGAGCGCUCUACAGGGCCGCCGCCGGACCCCGAUCCGCCGCUAUUGCAGGCGCCAUCGGAGGAAUCGCCGCGGCGGCGGCGGUUGGCGGGAAGCAGGCUUUGAAGAGAUACGUACCGAUCUAG